AUGGCUACGACCUCCAGACGCCUGUUUGCAUACAUCCUAUCGUUCAUUGGUCUUGAUCGGAUCUCCCAUGCAAGCCCUACUACUAUUCGAAAGAGUCCUACUGCCACCAAUAGUUGCUGCAGCAGCACUACAUGUUCUUUGGAAUCAUCAUCCUCAUCUUCUUCUUCAGCAAGCUUUAUGACUGAGUCAACCUUGAUAGUGAAUCCAGGGACAGCAGGGUUGUACGAUGAAAAGCACAUUGAGGAUCCAGGCGUCACCAUGAUGGCGUACGAUGCAUGGUCGGUGCAAGCCCUUUUAAGCACCUUGCCAAAAAUGUCAUUGUGUCAUCUACUCACUACCACUGCACUCAAGUAUCCCAAAGUCAUGGAGAUGGUUGCCACCACGGUCACCCAAGAUGGCACCACCACUGCUGAUAAGCAACAACCAUUUCCAGGGAAACCAUGCAAUCUCAGCUCUUCUCCUUUGGUGUCAUCAUCAGCUCAGCUGCAUCAUCAUUUUGACAAUGAGCAACAACAACAUCAACACCACCACAACCCCUUAUCGUAUUAUCGUGAACUUGUAGCUAUUCAAGAACAAGCCUAUGCCAUUGUCCAUAGCUUGGAUGGAUUACGACCAUCAGAGCAAUUUGCAAGGGAGGCUGAAGUUGCCCAAGAGCUUCAAAGGCUUGUUCGAUUGUGUACCAAUACGCUGUAUGCUGCUCCCCAAGGUCAUUCUCUUAUCGCUCUUAUUGGCUUGCUUGUCAUUGCUCGUGAAGGUCUUGCUGCCUCAAGCACAAAAGUGCGUCGCUACAUGUUUGGUGGAAGUGGUGGUGGUGCUUGCCUUGGUCGCCUUGUUGUCUUGGAAAUGCAAGCAGCUCUCAAAAACUACAAGGUGAAUCCCCUUGAGCCAAACGAGCAACGUGGGAGUGAACAUCAAUGGCCCCAUUUAUUGCGUGUUCUUUCACCACCCAAAUCCGUUCUUGCUGCAGCUGAUAACAGGCACCAGCUUACAUGGAUCAUUGAUGUUUUGAAACAGGUUUGUGCUCAGAUGGCUGAAUGCGAUCCCCAUUGGACUUUUGCUCAAGAAUACCACAAUGUGGUGGUUAUCGCUACUCGCAACUGCCGCCUGUAA